CCAUAUAAGCACAUGUCUGCGUUAAGAUUCUCUGCUGUUUUUCAUUGGAGGAAUAUAUUUAAAAAUCACUGCGCUAUAUAAUGUUGCAGGGGGCUUGCAUGCGCUGUGUUUGUUAUUACUUCCAUCACCAUCUUUGUGUUCUUCAAAGAUUUGCACAGGGUGUCUUCGCCAUGGACGCAAGGGAUGGAAACACACAAAGGAAAAACACCAAAUUAGUCCAGUGAUGCCCAUGACAGGCAUUGCGUUUUUAAACGUAGCACCCAAGUUUGCAUUGUAAAUCAGAUGCACUGAAUCCCUGCUUGGCUGGAUCCGUCUGUGUGUCGCUUCCCCCUUUUCAGAAGGAGCCGCAUCAUCAAAAUGUUGGGUAGGUCGUUCACCUGGAGGAAAUAUAACCAGCGUACCCUCUCUAUGCAGCACCGGCUCCCUCUUCAGCACUGACAUGCCCGAGUCCAGCAGAAAAACCAGGAUCAAAGGGCUCAGAGCUACAGCUGGACGCGUGAGUUGGAAGGAGGACGGCAAACAGGCGCACACCGGGUGUCCAAUUCAGUGGAGGCCGGAUCACAUCUGCUGGGGACGAGCAUCAAGGGCAGUGCGGCACUCCAGCGUUUCGGGAGCAGGCGACACGAAUCAUCCAUACACCCUCAGCUCCACAACAGCACCGUGCUCCCGUUACACUUCUCCAUCGGUCUCAAAGAUGCGCUAGAACAACGCACGCGCGCUCUGAAAUGCAUCAAAACAUGUCGAUAGCAGACAUGCGUUUCAGUGCUUUCACCCAAAGGAUUUAUCGAGAAUAUAUUGAGUUGGAAAUGAAGACGAGGAUUUGUCCGCGUUUCAAGGGGUGUAAAAAGUGCCAAUGAAUAUAUUGCUUAAAUAUAUCCUCCUUUUUCCGUCAUUGGCCACAUUGACACCCCUAAUAAGCAGGACCAUGGGUUGCAUUCAGAGCAUCACCUGCAAGCCCCGCAUCCGACGGGAGAACAUAGUGGUCUAUGAGGUCUCAGCCUCCAUUGACCAAUGCCCGACCAUCAUUGAGGAGAAUUCGCCCAUUGUCCUGCGAUACAAGACCCCGUACUUCAGAGCAUCGGCCGGGAUAGUGAUGCCCCCGGUUCCCAGAAACGAAACAUGGACCGUGGGCUGGAUUCAGGCGUGCACCCAAAUGGAGUUCUUCAAUACAUAUGGUGAUAUUGGCAUGUCCAGCUGGGAAUUACCCGAGCUUCGACAAGGACGUGUGAAGGCCAUAAGCGAUUCUGACGGCGUCAGUUAUCCCUGGUACGGUAACACCACCGAAACAGUGACCCUCUCUGGCCCCACGUCCAAGCCGUCCCGGCUAACGGUGAGUAUGAACGACAACUUCUACCCCAGCGUGACUUGGGCGGUGCCCAUCAGCAACAGCAACACGCCCAUGCUCACGCACAUCACCAGAGACCAGAGCUUCAUCACCUGGCUGGUGGCGCUAAACGCAGACACCAAAGAGCGUAUCGUUCUUCAGACGGUGCGCUGGCAUAUGCGCGUAGACAUUGAGGUGGAUCCUUCCAUGCCGCUUGGUUCUCGAGCCAAACUGAUGGGACGGCCGCAUCAGGAACAGCCGCACAUUCUCAGCAACAACGAGCCCAUCCCGCCCAACGCUCUGGGCAGGCCCAAUGCCAACGAUGCCCAGGUGCUGAUGUGGAGGCCCAGGAGAGGACAACCUCUGGUAGUGAUACCACCCAAAUAGGGGUGUCUUAACAGUGCCUAUGGGACAUUGAAGACUGCAUGCACUGUUUGGCCUUGUGGAUUCCCAGUUUUGUUGGGUUUCUCAGUUGCUCUGAACUAGUCAGUCGAGAAGGGAAUUCUCUGCGUGCACCAUGAGGUUUUACUACCUUUACCUGGUCAGACAGCAAAUGAUCAGGAGUAACUAGUACUACAUGAACCCACUAGGUUUAAGGAAUAGUUCACAGAA